AUGGGCGACGGCGCAGAGGCCAAGAGGGCCCUGUUCUACUCCCUGGAGAGGGCCCACGCAAUCGACUUUCUGGCAAAGGUGGAGGAGCAAAAGGCUCGGAUGGAAAAGGACACCAGCGACGGCACCGUCUGCCUCAAGUUUUAUCCAAAAGUAGGAACGUACUUUGACAAGGUGAUGGCAAACGCUAAGACCGUCUGGGAAGCCAGCGAGGAAGAAAAGUGCGUCUUCCUCAGCGAGAGACGUGUCAACCCGAACAAGCUCCUGAGAAUAGUAGUAAAGACCCCAAAGCUGACGAGAAGACUCUACUACCUCAACCACGGAGACACGUGGACCAGCAUACCGGGAAGCGACUACUUCAAAAAGGUGAGCUUUGCCAGGAACCCGGGGAAGCCUAACCACAAGCCAGUGAAGCCGACUGAGAAGAGACGCAACCUGGUGGACGUUGUCUUGGAUGAAGACGCCCAAGAGAAGGAGAACGAAGCGGAUGAAGAACAGUACGGCGAAGUCGGAAGCAUCACCGUCUCUGGCGGAAUCGUUACCAUCAACCUCAUGCCCAUGGGAUCACCGGCUCCCGAAGAACAGCCCACAAGGGGCGCUCAAGAGUCCCCUAGAGUACCUGCUGGUGAAGAGCAUAGGGAGGAAGAACGAGAAGAUGGAGCCCAUGCGGAAUUGAAUGAUUCAGACACAUCCGUGGAGAAUGGAGUACCCACUGAGGAGAAUGAAAAGGAGGGUGAAGCUGAGAGUGGAGAGGACAAAGAGGAAAAGGAAGGCAAUUCUCGCGAUUUGUCAACGAUAAAACUUGACGAGUCCAAGGUGGACUCUACUCUCUUUGAUGUACAAGUGGGAGAUUACCAGGGAGUGCCGACACUAAACUGCACCGCCAAGGAGGGUGUAGAGGUGACUCAACUCGUUUACGACGGCCAGGUGAUAUGGGAAGCCGAUGGACCCCAAUUCUGCCCAUCAGCCACCUUUUACUUUACAAGUGACGACCCCUUUGGCGUCGUUUUCAAGUAUACAGCCGAAGACAAGGACACCAGAUGCUUCCGUCAGUUUUCAGGUGGCGCAUGGCGUCCCGUGGAUAGAGCACAGUUUGAAAAGAGUCUCAACGAGGAUCUCUCUUUAUAGCAGUUUCAAGUCGCAAUGCAGUAGCCUGUGAAGCCGCAUGUUUUGGUGAAAAUAGCCCCUACAAGAUCUGCAUGCAUGUUGGCGAGUGUCGUAGGACGACUUUAAUUUGUAAGAUUUAGUCUCGAUGGAGACAGUCCCAUAUCUGGGCAGUAAAAUGCAGCCGCUCACUCGCUGCGGAAAGUUAACAUUUGCAAAAUU